AUGCAGGUAAAACAAAAGAAGAAAUGCAGCCACAAGUGGAAUUGCACGGUAUACAACGAGAAGCAAUUGGUUCGUAAAGUCUUCUCACAUGGAUAUAAAGUGAAGGAUGUUCGCACGUUCGUUCAAACCUUCAACAUGUCUCGAAAAACACUUGAAGAUCACCAGCAAUGGCUUCUUGCCGGAACCCUAACUCCCACACCGGAACAUGCCGACGGAAAAUCCAAGUUUCCAAACGACCUGAAUAGUAACAAGAAAUGUACCAAUUGGACUGUGUAUCUCGACAAUGACGAUCAUCACGCUGAACAAGAGCAACACGAAGAUGAUUUUGAGCCAUUGGUAGUGACUGAGUUGCCGAAGGAUAUGUUCAAGAAACACAAAUUGGUGGAUAAUUCAACUUCAAAAAAAGGCAGACGUUUUGAAAGUCCACUAUUAUGA